AACUUCAAGAUUACUAAUCUUCAGCCUCAACCAGAAUCUGACUGUAUCCAAAACAAAGAUACCUACAUAGGUAUCAACAGAAGACCUCAUAUUCAAGACCUUCAAUUCCAUCAUCUUUUCCUCAACUUAACAAUCUCCUAUUUUCAUUCAAAGAUCCAAAAAUGUCCAACCCAAACCCCUCAAAUGGCACAACAGUUGCCUCCCUCCCACCCGAAGCCAUAGCUUUCGCAACCAGAAUGUACGACGCAGCUCGAAAUGGGGAUAUUGAGAUUUUCGAACAAGCUUUACCUGCAGGACUCCCAGCUAAUAUGACAAAUGAGAAGGGCGAUAGUCUCGUAUGUUAUUUGUUCUUAUUUUUCUCUAAAUCCUGCGGAAAUUUUUAAUUUUGCUAUGGCAAUGUUCACCGGGAGAUUCUUACCCUCAUCACGUGUUACUCCUCCUUUUCUCUAUGGAUGCUAUCUUGAUUUUAUGCACAAUUUCUAAUAUGAUAGAACAGAUAAUGCUCGCUGCUUAUCACGGCCACGCACCGCUCGUCCGACUUCUUCUUCAACAUGGUGCGGAUCCUAAUUCAUUGAAUGAUCGAGGACAAUCUCCUCUAGCAGGUGCUGUAUUCAAAGGAGAGACUGAAGUUGUCGAGGUACGUAGAUCUCUUUACUUCUCACUUUCUCAUCUUCCUCGACGAGACUUAUCUCUAAAUUCUAAUCAUCAACAGGCAUUACUCGAAGGCAACGCAGAUCCAGAUCAUGGUUCUCCAAGCGCAAAGAGAGCAAUAGAGUUAUUCAAGCAAGAAGAUAAAUGGGCUCAAAAGUUCGCGGAUGCGCCAGGGAAGGGAAAAGCUGUUUGAAUGGAUGGGGUUUGAGAAUGGUGUUUAGGUUGAGAUGGAAACAAGCCUGUGAUUUAUUUUGGGCUUCCUUGGGAUAUUUUGUAUAAUUUUGAGAUGUGAUGAUGACUUUCAUUUCACAGUUUAAUCACUACUUUGAAGAAAAUUGUGAUUCGGUUCUUUCUCCCAGAAAC